UAUAAAAAAAAAUAUGGCCGCGAUGUUAAUGAGUCUGCUAUGCAGCUAAGUUCAGUAAAAUGCUAGCCUAAAGGCAAAGGCCGCCUAAAGUCUCUUCACUGAUUAUUAAUAUUAUUAGUAAUAUUAGUGAUAGUGAUAACUGAGAUGAUGAUCUAGAUCUAGGACACACUAGCAAGGAAUGGCUCAGUGUGUGGGCACCAAGGUUAAGUGUGGGGCCGCUGUUUUUGUGAGAACUCUACACACAUUUGUUGUGCUUGGAGUGCCAACAACUUUACUUUUCAAGAACUCAAUCCUCCAGCACAGUUUGCUAUCUGGUGAACAUGUGGUUGUUGGUGUGCUGUACAUCUUAAUGAUGCUGUGGUCCCUGGCUAUGUAUUACCUGACCUGCCUCACCAACCCUGGCUACAUUGUCAUCAGUAAACAGAACAAAGCCUCCAUGACCCACCACCUCCAGAUGAAAGAGACAGCCACCAGUGAUGAUGACUUUGAUAUGGCUGAUGAAGACAUGGAGGUAGCCAGACCUGCGGAUGAUGUGGAGGAUGGGACUGAGGAGAAUGGUCACAUGCUGUCCAGCAAGCCAGGCAUCAAGUAUCGGGUGUGUGACUACUGUGAGAUCAUGCAACCAAUGAGGGCCAAGCACUGUGAGGACUGCAACAAGUGUGUCAGGAAGUUUGACCACCACUGCCCAUGGCUGGAGGCGUGUAUAGGGGAGAGAAAUCACCGCUACUUUUGGCUGUUCCUCCUCUCAACAUUUGUGCUCAUUGCCUGCACCUUCUACAUCACAUGGAAUGCCUUUGAAUUCCGCUUGUUUUGGUCUGACUGGAUAGAAACCAAUGCCAUCCUGUUUAUUGAUGUUUUCAUCCUCUUCAUUGGUGGGAUGGUGGUCAUGGGGCUACUGGGCUUUCAUAGCUACCUCAUGUUUAAGGGUUUGACAACCUGGGAGGCUGCUUCAAGGGAGAGAAUCACCUACCUCAAGUACCUGGAUGAGGAUUAUAACCCCUUUAAUGAGGGCUUGUGUAGAAACUUGUACCAGUUUCUAUUUGCUUGCAGAUUCAGAAAGUGGGAAAAGGUGUAUGCGCAGAAAGCUAGGGGGGCUAAUGGGCUUGUAUAAAAAUAAAG